UAGCAUUUCCUACUUCGGCCAGCUUGAAGCCGUUGGCGUUGAUUGGACGAGAGACAUCCUGUGGAAGUGUCCCGACGGCAGUCAAACUAACAGUUUUCAGCGUCAGUUAAAGGGUCAACUCGUCAGUAUGUCAAGUUUCUUUUUGACGGUUGAAGAGGCAACUGUUCUGUGAUGAUGAAGAUGAUGAAGAUGACGAUGGCGGUCGUCGCGGUCCAUCAUGGCUAAACUGAAAACUUGAGGAGCAAAGUUUGUAACGAGGAGUCUUCUCCCAGACUUUCCCUGUCUAACGUGAACCAGCAGCACCAUGGCGCACUCUGUCUCCGUCUGGGCAUUUGCUUUCAGUUUAUGCUUCGGCGUGACCAACUGUUACUUUUCUAUUCCGCUUAAAAUAUACACAGGGAAAUACAACUUAUCCUCCGACGUGGAUCUGACUCCUCUUCGUCUGGGAGCUUUAACGUCUGAUGGAAACAGCCUCUCUCUGGCCUCUGACCCAACCGGUAAAGUCAACUUUCUGGACAUGGUAAACAACUUGCAAGGGGACUCUGGAAGAGGCUACUACAUAGAAAUGUCAGUUGGUACUCCUGGCCAAAAGCUGAACAUCCUGGUGGAUACAGGCAGCAGUAACUUUGCCGUGGCUGCGGCUCCACACCCAUUUAUUACUCACUACUUCAACACUGCACUCUCCAGUACCUACAAGUCAACUGGCCGCACUGUGAGUGUCAGGUACACUCAGGGCAACUGGGAAGGUGAACUGGGUAUCGACCAUGUCUCCAUCCCUAAAGGCCCCAACGGGACCAUCACCAUCAACAUAGCUGCCAUCCUGUCGUCUGACGGCUUCUUCCUUCCUGGGGUGAACUGGCAGGGCAUCCUGGGACUGGCCUAUCCCAUGCUGGCACGGCCGGACUCGUCUGUGGAGCCCUUCUUCAACUCUGUGGUGGAUCAGCUGGGAAUUCCUGAUAUCUUCUCCCUCCAGAUGUGCGGUGCUGGACUGUCAGCCAGCAGCACAGCGGACCCUGCGGGAGGCAGUCUUAUCAUGGGAGGGGCUGAACCAACUCUGUAUCGGGGGUCAAUGUGGUACACCCCUAUAAUAGAGGAGUGGUACUACCAAGUGGAGGUUUUGAAGCUGGAGGUCGGAAACCAGAAUCUGGACCUGGACUGCAGAGAGUACAACAUGGAUAAAGCUAUAGUCGACAGUGGGACGACACUGCUGCGACUUCCUGUCAAUGUCUUCAACGCGGUGGUAGAAGCCAUCACACGCAGCUCUCUGAUCCAGGACUUUUCCUCAGGGUUCUGGGAUGGCACCAAGCUUGCAUGUUGGAUGAAGGGAGAGACCCCCUGGAGGUUUUUCCCCAAGCUGUCCAUCUAUCUAAGGGCCACAAACACCAGCCAGUCCUUCCGCAUCACCAUCCUGCCUCAGCUGUACAUCCAGCCAAUCACAGAUGUGGACGGCACGCUGGACUGCUUCCGUUUCGGAGUGUCUUCCUCUGCUAACGGCCUGGUGAUCGGCGCUACCGUUAUGGAAGGUUUCUACGUGGUGUUCGAUCGUGCUCAGCGGAGACUGGGCUUCGCGCUCAGCAACUGUGCAGUGAAUGGCGGAGUGGCUCUGUCAGAGAUCGCGGGACCCUUCUCCGCGGCGGACGUGGCGGCCGACUGCUCCAGCGGGGCUCUGAAGGAGCCUCUUCUGUGGGUGAUCUCCUACGCGUUGAUGGCGGUCUGCGCCGUGGUCCUCAUCAUCCUGCUGCUCUUGCUGGUCCUGCCAUGCAGACGCAGAGACCGCUCAGGGGAGAUAACCGAUGAGUCCUCGCUGGUCCGCCACCGCAUCAAGUGACUGAGAGGAAACGGACGGGCGAACAGGGUGAACGGGCAGGGGACCAGCGCACAGAGCCCAUCCGAAGUGGUGGAGAAAGGGGUGAGGCUCGGCCUACACCGACCAACAAUACUCAGCUCUGAAUGUCUGACAGACUCUAGACUGCACUCAUCAGCUUGGCCCGUGGAGGUAGACACAGACAGAUCACCUGCCUCUUAAAGGGAAAAUCCACCCUAAAAAACACUUCUAUACAUUUAAAAACAUCUGUUGGUGAUGCAUAAUGCAUUUAUGGUUCCAAUUUCUUUGUUUGGUUGUCUUAUUUUCACUGAUAAUUGGUCAACAUAUGUAGACACUGUGACAAAAAACACAUCCAGCUUAAAAGAACAGUUUUUUGUAAUGGUUAUGACUUACUUCUCUUUAACUGGAAAGCCUCGUAAGUUAUCCAGCAUUGCUUGAUAACUUACAAGCAUUGUUUUACACCCAAAAAAAGGAGAGCACUAAAAUCAAGUUCAAGCUGUUUAGGACUGUCAAAAGGUAUUCUUGGAAAUGUAGGACAUCGCUAACACAAACAAAAGGGUGAACCAAACUAUGAAACACUUUAUAAAACAUCUUGUGACGCACACUAACCAUCACACAGCAGUGAUAUCAAAGGGUGGAGUUACUUCCUUACAGACAAUCACACAACAGCAGGUGAGGA